CAACAACAACAUAUUUCUUUGGAAACGAAUUACGCUCACCACUCCAGCACCGCGCAACCUCAGAGUGCUAGUGUCCAUUGAAAUGACGUCGUUUCUGCACUUCCCUGCAACUUCCUCUCUUCCUUCUUCUCUCCGCGGACCUUCCCUCGCAGCUCGCCCCAAUCCCACCUCGCUCUCUCAGACCCGGUUCAGUGUUAAAUGCAGGUACGCAGAGGCAGGCGUAAAGAGCGAGGACUUCAAUUCCGGCGCCAUAGACGUUGUGGCUGAUGUCAGGCCUGAACGGGUUGUGGUAUUGGGAGGGAGUGGUUUUGUUGGUUCUGCUAUAUGUAAGGCUGCGGUGUCCAAAGGCAUAGAGGUCGUAGGUGUGAGCAGGUCGGGGCGGCCGACGUACUCCGGUUCAUGGAUUGAUCAGGUUAAUUGGGUACCAGGAGACGUUUUUUAUGUAAACUGGGAUGCAGUACUUCUUGGGGCCACUGCAGUGGUUUCAACAAUUGGUGGUUUUGGCAGCGAGGAACAGAUGCAAAGGAUUAAUGGCGAGGCAAAUGUCGUUGCUGUGAAUGCUGCAAAGGAAUAUGGAGUUCCAAAGUUUGUCUUGAUCUCGGUGCAUGAUUACAAUCUACCUCCAUUUCUACUUUCAUCUGGAUACUUCACAGGAAAGAGAAAAGCUGAAUCAGAGGUUCUCUCCAAAUAUCCCAACUCUGGCGUUGUGUUAAGACCUGGUUUCAUAUAUGGGAAAAGGAAGGUCGAUGGAUUUGAGAUUCCUUUGGAUCUGAUAGGAGAACCAGUGGAAAGAAUUCUACGUGCUACUGAGAGCUUUACCAAACCAUUGAGUUCUCUUCCAGCAUCCGAUCUGCUCUUGGCUCCACCUGUUAGUGUUGAUGAUGUUGCGUUUGCUGCAAUCAAUGCAAUAAGAGACGAUGACUUCUUCGGCAUUUUUACUAUUGCACAAAUUAAGGAAGCUGCUGAGAAGGUUAGGGUGUGAAUAUGUUCUUGUAUACAGAAUUAGCAGGUGAUAGUUAUACAAACAGGUCUGACUAUCACAGAAAACCUGUUUCUGCAACCCAGUGUUGGAGGGAGGCAUAAGUUAUGUUGUACUGCAAAGAUGAAGAAAUCAUUUUUGUAAAACUUCCUUUGAAUCAAACCUUUUACACUUUCAUAUUUAGCAAGUAGAAUUCCUUGACCGGCUGUUAAGAAGUAUUGGGGAGCCUUUGGGCUUAUGAUAUAUAAGUAACAGUAAUUUCGACAUGAA